UCCCUUUUUUUUCUCAGCCGCGUAAUGGCUGCUCCCAAGACACAGGGGGCUGCUACCCAAGGAGAGGAGGACAGUGAUGGCAACCGUGGCGGAACUGGGGGUGUCAGUUAUGAGGGUUGAAAGCGGAAGAAGGAAGAGCAGGCAAGGGAAGGAAGUGAAGAAGAACUCGGGCUCUAUGUGGUUGCAACCUCUUAGAUCCUGUUCUGAUGUCCUUUUCACGCCAUUACAAGGGAAAAGCUCAGACAGUGAGGAUUGUAUCCUGGAGCCGCUUUCCCUGCCAGAAAGUCCAGGUGGCACCACCAGUUUAGAAGGUUCUCCAUCUGUGCCUUGUAUUUUCUGUGAAGAACAUUUUCUUAUAGAUGAACAAGACAAACUUCUGAAGCACAUGAUCAUUGAACAUAAGACUGUCAUAGCUGAUGUUAAGUUGGUUGCUGAUUUCCAAAGGUACAUUUCAUAUUGGAAGAGAAGGUUCACUGAACAGCCCAUUACAGAUUUUUGUAGUGUGAUAAGAAUCAAUUCCACAGCUCCAUUUGAAGAACAAGACAAUUAUUUUUUGCUGUGUGAUGUUUUACCAGAAGAUAGAAUACUUAGAGAAGAACUUCAGAAGCAGAGACUGAAAGAAAUUCUGGAACAACAGCAACAAGAACGAAAUGAUAACAAUUUUCAAGGCAGUUGUAUGUUUUGCAAUGAAGAAUUCCUCGGAAACAGAUCUGUUCUUUUGAACCACAUGGCCAGAGAACACACUUUCAACAUUGGGUUGCCAGACAACAUUGUAAACUGCAAUGAAUUUCUGUGUACAUUACAGAAAAAGCUUGACAACUUGAAGUGCUUAUACUGUGAGAAGACCUUCAGGGACAAAAAUACACUUAAAGAUCACAUGAGGAAAAAACAGCAUCGUAAGAUCAAUCCUAAGAACAGAGAAUAUGACCGAUUUUAUGUCAUCAAUUAUUUGGAACUUGGAAAAUCCUGGGAAGAAGUUCAACUAGAAGAUGAUCGGGAGUUGCUAGAUCAUCAGGAAGAUGACUGGUCUGAUUGGGAAGAACACCCUCUCUCUGCUGUCUGCCUAUUUUGUGAAAAGCAAGCAGAAACGAUUGAGAAAUUAUGUGGCCACAUGGAGGAUGCACAUGAAUUUGAUCUCCUCAAAAUAAAGUCAGAACUUGGACUGAAUUUCUAUCAGCAAGUGAAACUAGUCAAUUUCAUUCGGAGGCAAAUUCACCAAUGUAGAUGUUAUGGCUGCCAUGAGAAGUUCAAGUCCAAAGCAGACUUAAGGACUCACAUGGAAGAAGCUAAACAUACUUCACUGCUUCCUGAAAGACAGACAUGGGAUCAACCACAGUAUUAUUUUCCAACCUAUGAAAAUGACACUCUGCUAUGUACCCUGUCUGACAGUGAAAGUGACCUGACAGCUCAGGAACAAAAUGGAAAUAUCGCCAUCAUUAGUGAAGAUACAUCUAAACUGCAUGCUUUGAAACAAAGUAGUAUUUUGAACCAGUUGCUACUACAUGAGUCCUUGAAAAACUAGAAGAAACUGCCACAGAAGCAAUGUUUCAUGUUUUCUCCAGUGAGACAGAUGCAAAAGAAUACUUUAAAUUUGAGCAUCAGCAAAGGAUUAGUCUUUGGUAAAAUAAACUUUUUUUUUUUUUUUUUAAUUGGCUGUCUUGGGUCUUCAUUGUGGUGCACGGGCUUCUCAUUGCAGUGGCUUCUCUUGUUGCGGAGCACAGGCUCUAGGCUCGCAGGCUUCAGUAGUUGUGGCUCGUGGGCUCUAGAGCGCAGGCUCAGUAGUUGUGGCACACGGUCCUAGUUGCUCUGCAGCAUGUGGGAUCUUCCCGGACCAGGGAUUGAACCCGUGUCCCCUGCUUUGGCAGGCAGAUUCUUAGCCACUGCACCACCAGGGAACCCCAAAAUAAACUUUUAAAAAAUGAAUUUUUUUCCCAAAAAUAAAGUAGAAACUAAAUAAAAUGAAACUUUUUGUAUAUGGGCUCUGAAGUUUUAUUAUGUAAUCAUAGUAAAUGAUCUCAUUUCAUUAGACUCAUAUUUAUCUAUAAUAAGGAAGACGUGCAAAUCACAAAGAAGUGAAAUGUUCAAAUUAUUUAUAAACCUAAUUUCAACCAGUAGUUUCAGCCUCUUCCCCACAGGCUUUCAUCAUCCAGCAAGUCACAAAAUUUGACAGACGUGUGCUUUCUGUACUGCAUUGGGUCAGCUGUGAAUGUAGUGACCAAAAGAGGAGCCACAGAAGAGAGGAACAGUGGUCAAAGUCCUGGAUGAUGCACAAAUUGGACACUAUUUCAGAAAAAUCAAGAUCUGACUAUAUUAUUAUUAUCGCUUUCCACCUGGAGUUACUAAACUCCCUAGAAAUGGACAUCAAGACAAAUAACUUCACUUUCCCCUACAGUGUAUAUACGGCUAACAAAUGAGUACCAUUUUUUAAAAACAACCACAAUACCAUUAUGACAUCUAACAAAAUUAACAAUAACUUCUUAAUAUCAUAUGUUUUCAGUUUUCCUUAGUUGUCUCAAAAAUGUCUUUUUACAACAUUACCAGUUACAGGACAAAUAUUGUAUGCCUCCUGAUAAGAUGCAAUGAGGAAGACAAAACAUCACUUUUCAGGGUUCUUCCCCCAAAUGUAUAAUGUGAAUAUACUGAAGAAACAUCAACUAAACCCAAGUGUGGGACUGUCUACAAAUAAUUGGCCUUUACUCUUCAAAAAAUCAAGGUCAUGAAAAACAAAGACUGAAGUAACUGUUCCAAAUUUAAGAAGACUAGGGAGGUAUCACAUUGUGUAAUCCUGAAUUGGAUCCUGGACCAAGAAAAUAUGGUUUUCUUCUGCUGUAAAAGAUAUUAGUGGGACAAUUAGCAGAAUUUGAGUAAGGUCUGUAGUAAAUGUUAUGAUAUUCAUAUUAAUUUCCAGAUUUCAGUAAUUGUACUGUAGUAUGUGUAAGAAUGUUCUUGUCAUUAGAAAAUACACAUUGAAGUUUUUAAAGGUAAAGGAGCACUUUGUUGGCAAUAAAAAACUAAUAUGGGGAAAUCCCUGGCAGUCCAGUGGUUAGGAUUCCGGGCUUCCACUGCAAGGGCCCUGGCUUUUUUUUUUUUUGGCUGCAUUGGGUCUUUGUCGCUGCACGUGGGCUUUCUCUAGUUGUGGCGAGCGGAGGGCUACUCUUCGUUGUGGUGCACGGGCUUCUCAUUGUGGUGGCUUCUCUUGUUGCGGAGCAUGGGCUCUAGGCACGCAGGCUUCAGUAGCUGUGGCACGUGGACUCAGUAAUUGUGGCUCGCGAGCUCUAGAGCGCAGGCUGAGUAGUUGUGGCGUAUGGGCUUAGUUGCUCCGCAGCAUGGGAGAUCUUCCCGGAGCAGGGCUCAAACCCGUGUCCCCUGCAUUGGCAGGCAGAUUCUUAACCACUGCCACCAGGGAAACCCAGGGGCCCGGCUUUGAUCCCUGGUUGGGGAAAUAAGAUCCUGCAUGCCAUGCAGUGCAGCCCAAAAAAAAAAAAAAAAAAGAAAGAAAACACACACACACCUAAUAUGGGUAUGUAUAUGUAGAGAGAAUGAUAAAGUAGAUGCAAUAAGAUGUUGACAUUUGGGGAAAUCUAAGUGAAGGGUAUGUGGGAAUUCUUUGUACUAUGGCAACUUUUCUAUAAGUAAAAAUAGAUUUAAAAACACUUUUCAAGAUGUCUUUUUACUUGGUUUGCUUAAAUCAGGAUUCUAGUGAGAUACAUACUUUGCAUUUGGUUGGUGUGGUCCUUAAAGGUCUUAUGUAUAACAGUUUAUGCUCCCUUUCAUUUUAACUGCCACUUACUUGUUAAAGAAAUUAGGUCAUCUUUCUCACUUUCUGAAUUUGGAUAGCGUAUCCUCUUUGUGUCACGUAACAUGUUCCUCUAUCACCAAUUUUUCCUGCAAACUGGUAGAUCUAGAAGCUCCAUUAA